AUGUCUUCCAUAAGAAAUGCGGUACAACGGCGCGUUCAUCGCGAGCGUGCGCAGCCGCUGGAGCGCCAACGUCUCGGUCUGCUCGAAAAGCACAAGGACUACUCCCUACGUGCAAAGGACUUCAACAAGAAGAAAGCGCAGCUGCGUGCCCUACGGCAAAAGGCCGCCGACCGCAAUGAAGAUGAAUUCUACUUCGGGAUGAUGUCGCGUAAGGGCCCUGGUGACGCAUUGUCUCAAGGAAAGCGGUGGAACGGAACCGUCCAAGGCGACCGCGGCAAUAAGGUCAUGGACCUUGACACUGUCCGCCUACUUAAAACCCAAGACAUUGGGUAUAUACGCACCGUACGAAAUGCUGCGCUCAAGGAGGUCAAGACCCUAGAGGAGAGAGUGGUUGGGUUGGGUGGCAGCUUGGAUGCUCAAGCUGAAGAGGACUCAGAUGAUGAAUUUGAUUUUGGAGCACCGAAACAGACGAAACCAAAGAAGGUUGUCUUCACAGAGGGCGUGGAAGAGCUUGAUGAAAAGUUGCGGCAGGAAGUGAAGAAGGAAGAAGACGAUGAAGACGACCUGGAUUUAGAUGAUAAUGACGAGAAGGGGGAUCCGGAAGCAUUACGAGCCGAACAGCAGCAGAAACUUCUCGAAAAACUGCAAAGAAGACUACAGAAUGCACGAAAGAAGCUACGGAUUCUCGCGCGAACAGAACAUGAGCUCGAGCUCCAAAGAUCCAAGAUGGCCAAGACGGCGACGUCUGGAAACAUCAUCACAAAAUCUGGCAAGAAGAUAAAGAUUCGAGAGCGAAAGCGCUAA